AUGUCAAAUCUGCCAAAGCUGCAAUUGCGGCUCGUUAAACGCAGUCUGACGAUUGGCUUAGUGUACUUUGUACCUUCUCUACAACAACAAUCCUCUAAAUCUACCACCUCCAGACCUCAAAUCCCACAAUCCAUCAACAAACCACCCAGACCCGAGUCGAACGAUCCUAUUCUAAUCAGCGCAUGCCCCGUUGUCGCGCGCCGUUAUCCUGAUCAGCUGGGAAUCAACUUGUCACGUCAGUCUCCUCAUCGAGACUCGCCCACCACGGCGCUGUCGAAAUACAACAACCUCGACACUUCUGACGACCAGAUAUACCUCGCUCCUCCACCGUUCCAAUCUCUAAGAUCUGGAGCAUCAUCCUCAAGUCCUCCUUCUCAACGACCACCGCCCUUUUCCUCCCUCAACUUUCCUACCGACGCUGAACUCGAUCGCAUCAGAGCUACUAUUACAGGAACCGCCUGCGAUUCGCUUUUAGCAUCUGCGCCGGCGCCCUCCUUUGAGGAGGCUCUCGCCGAAGACGAGGUCGGGUCCAAGGCUGAGGCCGAGACAAAGGCUGCACUUCCUCCGGAUACCAAGGCGCAGUCUUCAAAAGCAGCGCCAGACGAAGGAGAGCCUCCACCACCUUACACCGAGGGUUCUAGUCCGCUAGAAUCAUUCAACUUCAUCAUGGCGGCUGCCGGCGGUGCUGCUAGCAUUAUCACACAAGUCCAGCAAUCACCUGGCCCUCCGAUCAACACACUUGGAGCAGGAGCAGGGGAAGCGGCGGCUGAUGAGCAUAUCACGUUGGACCUGAGGGGCACACGUUUCACUCUUUCGAGGGAGGAAUUGCUGACUCUACCUGAAUUCGUGCUCCUAUCUCUGUUCCCCAAUGGCCUUCUACCAGAUGGCCACAUGAACUCGUUUCAUGAUGGCGAUGUCUACCCUGUCGACGUACGUCUCUCGCAAAGCCCUCACGUUAUUUCUGUGCUGGGCAACCCUCAUAUUUAUAUUGGAGAUAUAACUUAUCUUUCACAGUAUGACCCUGCUUCCCUACAAUAUAUGUUACAUUUCUUCCGUGAAGUGGCACAAUCGAUCCCUUCACCAUCACCGUCACCAACAACACCGCCCGACAACGAUCCUUUAUCCAUCGAGCCGUUACAAGGAUCUACCAAGGAUAUGCUUCAAGACCGUGCAGGAAUCAUAGUUCUACGUGAAGAUCUCGACUUCUAUGUCAUUCCACCCCGUCCGGAUAUUGAAGCGAUGGAGAUGACCGAGGUCAAACGAGCAGCUGGAAGAUCCCUACUUAAGCAGAACGGUAUCUUUUCUGGCCUGAAGCGAAGCGAAGAAACAGGCACCACAGAGCAACAUCUGAUCGAAAUGUUGACUGCUGGCGGAUUUAAUCAUGACGAUGCUUGGGGCCAUCGAGCGGGAGAACCCAACAAAGCAGUCAUUUGCAGUUUAGCACUUGCCAGACUACGAACCGAUGUCAAAGGCGAGGGAGCCGGAAGCAAUGCUGUGGGCAUGGCGCAAAAACUGUUGCUGUUCUGGCGUAAACCAGCACGAAGAUGUUGGUGGGAAGGCGUCGAACUGGACGAUGUCGAAGGCGUUCCAGGCAGGGUGAAAGUAUGGAUUCGAAGAGUGUGGACUCUCGAAAUGAGCGUCAUUGGCUUGCGGUGA